GAACGGGACAGAGCCUGUGGAGCCCUGUAUAAGCAACAUCCAUGGUUUCACGUCCUGUUUCCUGUUCAGUAUAGAGACUCAACACACGAUCGGUUAUGGCGGAAGGGUGACGACAGAAGAAUGCCCGGAAGCUAUAUUCAUCAUGUGUGUACAGAGUAUUACUGGGGUUAUGAUACAAGCAUUCAUGGUUGGUGUCGUGUUUGCGAAGCUCUCCCGUCCAAAGAAACGAACGCAAACACUGCUCUUCUCAAGGCACGCCGUCAUCAACCACAGAGAUGGAGUUCCGUGUUUGAUGUUCAGGGUUGGGGAUAUGAGGAAGAGUCACAUCAUCGAAGCGCACGUUAGAGCGCAGCUCAUUAGGCAUAAGGUUACGAAGGAGGGAGAACACUUGCCAUUCUUCCAGACUGAGUUAAAAGUAAGUACGUUUUUCGCUGUUUAG